AUGGCGAAGGUAUUGGUAAGUCUAGCAGUGGUGGGAUUAGCCAUAUCGCUUUUCUAUAGGGUGGUAGCGCAGGAUCAGGAGGAGGCCUCCAGUACGCCUUCUUCUUAUGUGCCUCUGUUGGUGUUAGGCGAUUCGCUAGUGGACAGUGGAAACAACAAUUACUUGGACACCACGUUUCGUGCAGACUCGCCUCCUUAUGGGAUCGAUUCUCCCACCGGCCGCUUCUCAAAUGGCCGCAACUUCGCCGAUUACAUCAGUGAAGUAUUGGGGCUGCCAGAGCCCCCAUCGCCGCACCUGAGCCCACAAUUCCAAGGGGAAAGGCUGCUUUACGGUGCUAAUUUCGCUUCCGGCGGAGUUGGGAUCUUGAAUGACACUGGCAGUGAGCUAGGGAACAUAAUAAGGAUGCCCGAGCAGCUGGCAUCCUUCGAGCGAUACCAGGCCCAGCUGGCAGCACUGGUCGGCGGGACGGAACAGGCUCGGCGACUAGUCAACCGGGCAAUGGUUCUCCUCGCUCUUGGCACCGAAGAUUUCGUCCGCAACUAUUUCACGCUCCCUUUCUCGGCACGUGCCAGACAAUACACUCCCCGCGGAUUCAUCGACUACCUGAUCUCCGAGUACGUGAAAAUCCUGCAGAGGUUGUUCGAGCUAGGGGCACGCCGUGUUCUGGUGGUUGGGCCGGGCCGCAUCGGAUGCGUGCCGGCUCAGCUGGCGGGGACGGGCCGGGACGAGGACGUCGAGGAGUGCACUUCUGAGAUCGAGAAUGCUGCAUUGCUCUUCAACUCGGAGCUGGCUCGGGCGACUCAGCAGAUGAACAGUCAGCUUCAAACCGAUGUCUACGUUGCUGCCAAUACGUAUAUGAUCAGCUUAUUCAGCUCCAACUUCCCUGUUGAGAAACCGGGCAGCAACCACAAAGUGGCCUGUUGCGGGCAAGGUCCUUAUAACGGAGAAGGACAAUGCACACCGGCAUCGAAUCUGUGCCCAAAUCGGGAUGAAUAUGUGUUUUGGGAUUCCUACCAUCCCACGGAGAGGGCUAUUGCGACAAUUCUCGAGUUCAUCUUGGACGGACCUCCAGAGUUUAUGUCACCAAUGAACCUCAACACCAUGCUGGCUUUGAACAACGAGACUUAA